AUGCCUUCAGCGCCUCUAUCAUUGUCAGGACAGGCUCGGAAUACACCCAACAUCUCCAAGCCGCUGCGCAAAAGUCAGCAUACUGUUACCGACAAGGAAAAUGCAAACAUCAUUGAGGAAGAGGCCGAUGCUGCUGAACAGUCGAGGAAUGUCAAGGCCUUUCCAUCAACGCCGGGCUUGAGAAUAUCGCUGGAAGACUUGAUAGCGAAUACCGAAGAUGCUUUCAAUUGUCCUCCGCCUGCAGCAACGCCAGGCGACCAUGUCCACUGGCAUAAUGGACCUACCAGCACAGACGGUUCAGCCUCGGUCAAUCCCACACAAAGAAGUCGAAAACGCGCUCGCAGCUCAUCGCCAGGCUCGUCACAAAUGGAGAGAUCGGCCCACUUCGACGAUCAGGAAGAUGAGCCACAGUCAAGACCACAGAAGAUCCUGCGAACGCCGAACAAUGAUCCUACGCAAGAACUUUGGAAGAGGUACAUGAAUGCCAAUGGGUCUACACGCGCAGCAGCAGGAGAAUUGCCGACAUUUGCGCACCUUCCACCUUCCUCGCCCUUGACACCAAGCACUUCCAGCAAGGACAGUGCUCUCAGACGGACAGUCAGCUGUGGUGUGGAGUGGCCGACGUCAAAACCAAAGCGACGGAAAGUCGACAUUAAUGACUCGAACAGUCGCACGAAAGAUAUUUUUGCAGCUUCGAGGAGAGAGAUUCUUGCUCGCAAUGUUCCCAAAACAUCCCGUGUCAGUUUGCUCGUGGAGAAGAUACAAGAAAGCCUUGCUUAUCAAGCUCGAGCUACCGAUGAGCCUUCGAGCUCUUCUCCGCUGCCAUCAAAGCACUCGCAGAUGCCCGCUUCGCAGCAAUCACCCACGAAGUCGCCUCAACAGCUUCGGCCGCCUUCACAAAGUGACGAGGAUAUGCUUGGAGAGUUGAAGAAAGACGGAAUUGCGCUAGAUGAAUUUGACGACGAUGAUCUGGAUCUAGACUUCUUCAAAGAAGUAGAGAAGGGCCUGUCGCAAGUUGUGGUGUCUCAGCGACAGCCUCAGGGCAUCAAGACUUUUGAUGGUCCCCAAGACACGCAGCCACCACCUCAACAACAUACGAGCGAACGAAAAUCACCACCGAGGAUAGAUGACAAUCAAUCCCAGCAGGUCAAACCUGCUGUGGCACGAGAAUUCGACGAGUUUGACGAAGACGACGACACGUUUACGAACGAGCUUGAAACCCUUGCUGCCAAGAUUGAAUCACAGGAGCAGGCAGUGACAAUGGAAGUGACCGGACCAAGGCACAAAAGCGAGCCGCUGCCAGUAGUAGAAGAGCUCGAUGGAGUAUUCGAAGACGACGACGACCUGUUACUUCAGAUCGCUGGCGAUGUGGAUCUUGGAAAGCCGGGAAUUGGAUCAACAAGCCAAAAAUUCAAUCAAAAAGCCAUCAAGCGCUAUCUCAUCCUUGAUGUGCACGCGGAACAGUACACCACCGACACUGGCAAGACCAGACACCAGAAAUUGCUCAACGUCAAGGAUGAGCGAAGUCAACGAGUGCAUUUAAUCAUACUGCGCCAGUCUUGGUACGACACGAGAUGCACCAAAGGUUCCUACAUCCACGUCAUCGGCGACUUUGAUCGAUAUGGUCAGUGCGUUAUUGACGAUGCCGACAACAUGAUCAUACUGCACCCAGACCAUCUGAUAUCUGCGACCGUGGUUGGCGACUCGUUCACGUGUACUCGACGAGCAGCCCUACAAGACCGGGUCAAGGCCACAAGCGGCGCAACAGCUCCACAGGUCUACGGUCACAUUCUUCACGAGCUGUUCGGUGAGGCAUUGCGCACCAACGAAUGGACGAUAAACUCGUUCGAGCAGGCAAUAGGAAAGAUCUUGCCUGGAUACCUCGAAUCACUCUAUGAGAUAGGUGUGCCGCUGAAUGAUGCAAAGGAAUAUCUUCUGAGUAAAGUUCCUGAGCUCAUCGGCUGGGCAAAGAUCUUCGUUCAAGACACUAUCUCUGCGAAUGCUGUCAUCCAGGAUCGGAAUGGAGUCCUCGUGCCGACGACCAUCAACAAGCUGCUCGAACUCGAAGAACACGUCUGGUCCCCGAUGCAUGGGCUGAAGGGCAACAUCGACGCCACGGUCCAAGUGAAGAUGGAGGUCCCUGGCGACAAAGAAUCCAGGACUCUUGUCGUCCCGCUCGAGCUCAAGACCGGCAAGAAGGACAACGUGGACACGCAUAGAUGUCAGACGGCACUGUAUACGUUGCUUCUGUCUGAUCGCUACGAUGUCAACGUUGUCUGCGGUGUGCUCUACUACAUGGAGACUGCGAAGACUUUCCGAGUCGAAAGUGUUCGCAACGAGAUACGCCAUAUGAUCAUCCAGCGCAACGACCUUGCGUGCUAUGUUCACGAAAAGCUGGAUUUGCCUCCCAUGCUAAAGAAGCCUCAUCUAUGCAAGGCGUGCUACUCAAAAGCAGAAUGCUUUACCUACCACAAGCUUGUUGAGGGUGGUGAUGGGACCACAAGUGGGUUGGGAGAAACAUUCAAUGAAGCCACUUCUCAUCUCAAGCCUGCACAUGCUGAGUUCUUCAAGAAGUGGGAUCUGCUGCUGACAAAAGAAGAGCGUGACACCAUGAAGUUCCGGCGCGAACUCUGGACCAUGAUAAGCAAAGACCGGCAAGCGCUUGGGCGUUGUUUUGCCAACGUGGUCAUCGAAGCGGGAUCAGCACGAGAAAACAAGGAGAGCUCGAAGAUCAAUCGAUACGAGUACACGUUUGUCAAGCAAAAGUCCGAGGCCGGAUUCUCCUUCACCGAAUCUCAGAUCACCAUUGGCGAGCCGAUUGUGGUAUCUGACGAGCAAGGUCACUUCAAUCUCGCAAGCGGCUAUGUGACCAAUGUGCGACCGAAUAGAGUCGUGGUCGCCGUUGACAGGAGACUGCAGAACGCUCAUCGAAAGCAUCACGACUUCGAUCCGGAGUUCAACCAGGUGUUCACGGGUCUGAUGGAGAACAAUUUGGAUGGUACACCACGAAGUGGAUCACAGAGCCCUGUGAAGCCCAAGCUCUAUCGCAUAGACAAGGAUGAAUUUGCGAAUGGUAUGGCGACUGCUCGCAACAACCUCAUUCGUGUCAUGGACAAGGAUCUGUUUCAAGCUCGCGAACUGCGUGAGCUGAUCGUCGGCAGUGCCGCCCCAACCUUCAGAGCGAAGGCACCGCCCUACCAACUCAAAGGACCAGCGUCUCAGCAGCAGCUGAACGUCGACCAAAAAGCAGCCAUUGACAAGGUACUCACGGCAAAGGACUACGCACUCGUCCUCGGCAUGCCGGGCACGGGGAAGACAACCACGAUUGCUCACAUCAUUCGCGCACUGGUAUCUCAGGGCAAGUCGGUACUGCUUGCCUCGUACACCCACAGCGCUGUUGACAACAUCCUGCUAAAGAUCAAGGACGACAACAUACCGAUUCUCCGCAUCGGAGCUGUCAGCAAAGUGCAUGCUCAAGUCAAGGAGUUCGCUGAUCUGGCAGGAGUGCCAAAGAAGACGCUCGAAGAGCUGAACACCUCCUGGCAUGGAAGCUCGGUUGUAGCCACGACUUGCCUGGGAGUCAACCAUGCCAUCUUCAACGCUCGAACGUUCGAUUACUGUAUCGUGGACGAGGCAUCUCAGAUCACGCUUCCGGUCUGCCUUGGGCCAAUCCGCCUUGCUCGAACUUUUGUUCUGGUUGGCGACCACAACCAACUACCGCCGCUGGUGCAGAACAAAGAGGCACAAGAGGGCGGACUCAACGUCAGCUUGUUCAAACUCCUCUCAGACGCUCACCCAGCGUCCGUGGUCAAUCUCGAGCAUCAGUACCGCAUGGCGGAAGACGUGCAACUAUUGGCCUCCCGCUUAGUCUACAGCGGACGCUUGAAGUGCGGCACGCCAGAGACUGCGUCGAAAAUGCUUCACAUCCCUGAUCUCGAAGCCGGCCUCUCAGCGCACCACCACAGCAGUACCACAGCAUCAACGUACAAGUCAACAAGCACGCCCAAACCCUGCAGCAACGACUCGACAUGCUUCCUCCGCAAAGCACUCUCCCCAUCCAACCGCUGCAUAUUCCUAAACACCGACCCGCUCACACCCGAAAACUGCGCACAAGAAGUUGCCGCAGGCGCACGAAUCGUCAACGCCGUCGAAUCAACACUCGUGGCCCAGCUCGUCACCACACUGAUCCGGUCCGGCGUACCACCCGCCUCAAUCGGCGUCAUCACAUUCUACCGCUCCCAAUUGGCCCUACUCAAACGCGACAUCAAGUCCCACGCUGGCUCGCCUGCUGCGGCAGAUGUCGAGAUGAACACCGCCGACAAGUACCAGGGCCGGGACAAGGACGUUGUGAUCCUGAGUUGUGUGCGCAGCAACAAAGACGCGAAAGUGGGCGACCUGCUCAAGGACUGGCGAAGGGUGAAUGUGGCGAUCACACGAGCAAAGAGUAAGCUUGUGCUAGUGGGCAGUCGGUCGACGUUGGAGAGGAGUGAGGUUGAGAUUCUUACUGGGAUUGUGGGGAUUAUGGCUGAGAAGGGGUGGAUUAAUGAUCUGAACGGAUCGGUUGAGGGGGCGCAUUUGUUUCAGACGGUGCCGACUCAGACGCAGGGCCCGUUGACACAAGCCAAGUCUGGACAAGGCUUGGGCAUGAAGCGGUCACCGCUCAAGCCGUCGAACCGAGCCAGCAACCUUGCUCUCUCGCCUGCGCACAAUCCCAAGCUUAGUGUGCCUGGCGGUGCAUUCAAGAAACCACGUCGGAUAGGUGAGGGCAAGCAAAGCAAGGUUGAAGCCAUGGUCGAGCAGAGCGCUGUGUUGAAGCAUGUCAUGAUGGAGGAGGGGAUCGAAGACCAGGAAAAUGCAAUGCCGCGAGUGCCCUUUGGGGGCGUGAUCGAGAGCAGUCCGGUCGUCCUGGACGCGAAUGAUUUCGAGGAUGAUGAUGUCCUAUUUUGA